AAGGCAGUGUUGGAGAGUUUUCUUCACAGCACUCCUGGUGUACAUUGGCCUAUUGGGAAUUCCGGUCCCGUGUUGGUCGCUUGUUCCCUGUUCACGAGAAGACCAUAAACGUGUUUCAUGACCUCCCUCAUGGGGAUGGACUGUGCCUAAGUGCUCUCACUAAUACUGAGGGGUCACGGACGGAGAUUGUUCUUCGAACAAGGCAGAAGAUUGGACUAGGGGUCACACUGACCAGGGAGAAAGAUGGUGUGUGGAUGUACAACAGAUCGGAGUACCCAGUGUUUGUUAACUCUCCUACUUUGGACUUACCUAACACUCAACCUCUAACUGUAUACAAAGCCUUACCAGGUUACUCUAUUAAAAUCUUCGAUUAUGAAAAGUCAAAAUGCUACCAAUGUUUGGAAAAAUCUGAACCUUCAAAUGGGCCUUUCAAUCAUAAUGCCAUAUGCAUUAGUUUUGUCAAGGGUUGGGGCCCCAAAUACUCUCGUCGGUGUAUCACAGCAUGCCCUUGUUGGCUAGAAGUCUUGUUAUCAGUGGUUAGGUGA